AUGGCUGGGCUAAAGUUCCUUUCAUUGGCGGUCGCCGCCGUCUCCUUACUGGUCAACUAUGCACAAGCACAGCUCACUAACUCCGCCAAGUCGGUGGACUGCUCUGCGGCUAUGAAUGAUGCCCGCAAACGUGGAGGCUUUGUUAACCUACAAGUUCCAGAGAACUCAGAACAGCAGCUGCCCAUCACUACUACAACCACACAGAAGCCGACUUCCGUAGCCAGUGGACCAAACGACACAUACAUAACGAAAGUCUGCACAGCAAUGAAAAAUAGCACACCCAUUUCAGCAGCUACUACACCAGACGGUACCUUCGCCUACGCAGUGCAAACAGGAGAAGAAGCGGACUGUAAGGCCGCAGUGGAUGAGUGGAAAAAAGCUUAUUCCAACUUUGACAGCUUACCUCCUGCGUUUACCGACUACGCAACAGCUCCAUACAAGGAUGCAAACAAUGUUUCUUUAAUCUCCUUGUUCAACCCUAAAGAAGAACCCACGGUGGAUUGCGCAUACUUCAAAUGCCUAAACCAAGAAGGAAACGCAAUUGAGCUGAAAGCACUGCUUUGUGUCACAACUCCGAAUGCCUUGAAAGCGAAGGCACAGCCCUACACUGAAGAUGAGUGGAAACGCAUUAACACCGCCAUCAACUCCGGCAGUGCAGCAGUUCCUACCGUCAUCGUCGUUGGUGCCGCCGCACUGGCUGCCCUUUUCUUGUAA